CGUUUUCCUGUCAGCUGUGUGGAAUGUGAGACGCAGACAGCAUCAGAGGCUCCAGCCGAUACGGCCGCUUUUCCCUCUCACUCUCACUGCUGUCCAGAGCUCCUCCGGCUGCUCCUCAGAUCGUGUCCAAGGUGCCUAGCCAAAGGAUGUCCUCCACCCCAGAUGUGCCCACCCUCCUGCUCACCACACUGUCCUCCUUCCCUUCUUCCAUCCCGGCCGUCACGUCUACAGAUUUAAAUGCCACCUCGUGCCAGGAGUGGGAGCGGACCCACCACCUGCUAUUCCAUGUGGGAAACUUGUCCUUGCUGUUGGGCCUGGCCAUCCCGACUACCUUGGCUCUGCACAUGAUCAUGCUGCGUCUCCUCCUGACAGCAGGAUGUGGUUUAUUCAUCGCGUGGGCCACGCUGUUCAGGUGCAACAUGGAUCUAAUGGUUUGGAACGUGGUCUUCCUGGUGAUCAACUUCGUACACCUUUUCUACCUUUUGUAUAAACGCAGGCCGAUUAAGAUUGACAGGGAGUUGCGGUCAGUCUACAAGAGGAUGUUUGAGCCUCUGCAUGUGCAGCAGGCUUUGUUCCAGCGACUCACGGGACAGUUCUGCACCAUUCAGACGCUGAAGAAAGGCCAGGCCUACGCUGCUGAGGACAAGACGUCUGUAGACGAACGCCUCAGCAUUCUGCUCAGAGGAAAGAUGAAAGUUUCAUACCGAGGCCAUUUUCUCCACAACAUCUACACCAACUCAUUCAUUGACUCUCCAGAGUUCAGGUCCACUGAGAUGCACCGAGGAGAGAAGUUUCAGGUGACCAUCAUGGCAGAAGAGAACUGUAAGUUCCUGUGUUGGUCUCGAGAGAGACUUACCUAUUUCCUGGAGUCAGACACUUUCCUUAAUGAGGUUUUCAGGUUCCUCAUCGGCAAAGAUAUCACCAACAAACUGUACUCUCUGAAUGAUCCCACACUCAGUGACAAGGCUGUGAAGAAAAUGGACCGACAGCCUAGCCUGUGCUCCCAGUUGUCUAUGACGCAGAUGAGAAACAGCAUGGCGAGCACCAGCGACACCGAUGAUGUUCUCAACCAGAUCCUACGAGGUGGAUCUGCUGGAUCAUCACUCCAGAUUUCACCCGGCACCAAAGCCUCCUCAAAAAUGAAGCCUAUAGAAGAAGGCAUGGAGGAUGAUGUGUUUGAAGAAUCUGCUUCGUCUGACCACAUGCCCAACACUUCCACUGAGAAUGUGUAGCCAGCAGUGGUCACAGGGGCAUGCUAUGAAGUCCAACACAGCGGACACAACUUUCCUUGUGUUAGCUUGAAGGACCCAGUCAGACAUGAUGGGUAUUAUGACGGUGGUUGUCAACUUUCUUAUGUUUCCUCACAUAAAAAUGUGCAUUUCAUGUGUCAUAUGUCUUUUGCACAGAAUCAUCCCUGUGACCGCAACAUACUAAUUAGGAGAUGUUAUCAGAGAAGAAUCUUUAAAAAGCUUCAAAAAUAAAACUAAAAUGUAAUAUCCUUGCAAAUAGGACCAAAGUUAAUGCUGCAAAAAUCUUUAAUACAGUGAUUUAGCACAAAGUAAACAUUUUUAAUUGAGGUAAUAUAUUUAUUUUACCACUGAGUUUAAACAUUAAAGGUUCAAAAGCCUAAUAAAGGCUAUGGGAGCAAUUCAAGCAGUGUAAAGGAGACAAGUAAGUAAAUCCCAAAAGGUUCAUUCUGUUCUCACUGAAAAUAUCCAGAUGGACAGAAUCAACCUUUGAAGUAUAAAAACAUUUAUAUAUUUUCUGCAUCACCAACUGAAUACAUGCAAUUUGCUGUGACAAUGCACUGCUGUGGCAAUUCAUUUGUGAUGUUAGUAAGGUACAACUUAACAAAUUUCUCAUAUAAAAUUUACUCUCCCAGCAAAGAAUCAUUUGAAAGAAUCCUUUUAAGAAUCAGUCAAACAUGGUACUAAUUUUAAUCUGAAACUCUAAACCACAGAGUUUACAAAGAGAGCCACUGUCAUGAUGCAAACCUCUGUCUUUAAGCCCAACAUAGCUCACCAACCCUUAAUCUUGCUUCAUAGUACAUCACUCAGAUCCAUAUUCUAUAGAUAUGUUUAGCACACUAACUGGGUUAGCUGCAGCUCAGGAGGCGGAGCAGAUGGUCUAUAGUUGGCUGGUUUGAUCCCUGGCUUAUCUCCAGUCUGCACGCCGAAGUUUCCUUAGGCACGAUACAAAACCCAGAGUUGCUCUCUGAUGCACUCAUCAGAAUAUGAAUGUGUGAGAUGUUAGAUAGAAAGCACUUAGGCAUAGAAGAAGGUCUUGCAUGAAUGGGUGUGAAUACAUGAAUGAGGCAUGUUGUAUUGACUUUGAGUGCUCAAGUAGAAACGUGCUGUUCAUUUACCAUCAGUACACAUUUUUCUAUUUUCUAUUGUCUCAGACCUGAACAAACAGCAACAAAGUUGAUACAUUAUGCCAUAUUACACUAUAAUGUUCUUAGUUCUUACUACAAAUGUUUGAUUUGGAGUUCACCGUGUAUUAAAUGUAUGUGAUCACAUGUA